CGGUGCAGACGCCGGGAGCCGCGGGAGGACGAGGCCGGAGCGGAAGAGUGGACAUGUCCACCGUGGGCUGGUGGCGCCGCCGGGUGCCCGGGGCCGUGUGGGGGCACUAGACUGUGCGCGGGCUGCGCCGUGGCCGACCUGUUGGCCUGGGGCGGGGCGGUGCCUUGAGGUGCGGUGUGGCGAGCUUUACCCUCCUCCGAGACGACUUGCAAGAGGAAGAGGGACUAGGUCCAAACGCUAGGUGGCGGUGUCCAGCCUCUGUUGUCCACAUGUACCUGUUCAUGGUUGACUGGACCAGACUGGACGCAUCAGCCUAGAGCAGUGGUUCUCAAAGUAUGGCUCCUGGCGUGCUUCCUGGAUGGCUGUUUCCUGGGGAGCCACAGAACUCCUAAAUACCCACCCCGGAAAGGCUGGUGCAUUUCUCCCAGGCACCCCAGGCUUGAGAACCACACCCUAGAAGAAAGAGGCAGGAGAAAGGAUCAAACAAGAGCAGAGGAGACCGCACACCCUGCUGUCCCUGAGAAGCGAAGAAAGUAACUUCCUCGGUUCGUGACUUUAAAGUUCUCAAUUCCAGCCCCCUUUAAUGAGGUCCCUGGCAUUUUGACUCUGUUCCUGUGGAUAAGAACACUUGUUCUGAAGUUCCAGAAAGGAUCCUAUUCCCAAACAGACAUUAAAAAAAAAAAUUCUUUUUAACUUACUGGCUUUUCCUUUUAAAACAAAAAAGAAUUUUUGCUGCAUGUGGUUUUGUUCUUCUCUGGAAGUAAAGCCAGAAGUACAAAACUGUCAGGUCCCUGAGUACUGACUGUCCCAGGCUGCCGCGUCUUUCCUGUUGACUCAUGUUGGGUUCCUCCAGUGAAAAUUUUCCUUAGAGAGAUGCUGCCUCCAAAGUACUUGUCUGCCACCAAACCCAAGAGGUCUUGGGCCCCAAAUCUGUGUGAGCUAGACAGUGACUUGUCUGAGGAGCCGGAUGCCGCCGUAGGAGAAGCCGCCACUGACUCUGAAUUCUUUCAUCAGAGGUUUCGGAACUUCCUCUACGUGGAAUUUGUCGGGCCUCGGAAGACCCUGCUCAAACUCCGAAACCUCUGCCUCGAUUGGUUGCAGCCGGAGACUCGCACCAAGGAGGAGAUUAUCGAGCUCUUGGUCCUCGAGCAGUACCUGACCAUCCUUCCAGAAAAGAUCAAGCCUUGGGUGCGUGCAAAAAAGCCAGAGAACUGCGAGAAGCUCGUUACUCUGCUGGAAAAUUACAAGGAGAUGUACGAACCGGAAGACGACAACAGCAGUGACGCCCACAGCGAAGGCAGCAUGAGCCGGAAGGCAGCAGAGUCGCCGCCGCCACACGCCGCCUGCUGCAGUGGCCGGGACUGGGCCCAGGACUGGGACGGAGAGUGGGAGCCAGCCCGGGAGCGGGAGCAGCGGAGGGGCAGAAGCAGGGACCUGGAGUCCCGCGCCCGCUGGCCGUACGCCCGGAGCCCCAGGAGCAGGUUUCAUCAGCGGGAUCUUUCCCUUCCUCUGAUGGAGAAAGUGGCUUUUGCAAAGGAAAGAGAGCACAAACGUCGGGGCUCUGUGAUGGAUUACGAGACAAGAUCGCAGGAUGCAGUGUCCUACCAGGAUGUGGUGGCCCUCACCGAGGACCGGAAGCCCCAGAACCCGGUUCAGGACAACAUGGAGAACUACCGGAAGCUGCUCUCGCUGGGGGUUCAGCUUGCCGAGGACGAUGGCCACUCGCACAUGACCCAGGGCCACUCAUCAAGGUCCAAGAGAAGUGCCUACCCGAGCACCAGUCGAGGUCUGAAAUCUAUGCCUGAAACCAAAAAGUCAGCCCAUCGGCGGGGGAUCUGUGAAGAUGAAUCUUCCCACGGGGUGAUAAUGGAAAAGUUCAUCAAGGACGUUUCGCGCAACUCCAAAUCGGGAAGGGCAAGGGAACCUAGCGAUCGGCUGCAGAGGUUCCCCAGGAGGCCAGACAGUGCCUGGAAGGAAGUUCCAUUCAACAAGAGGGAGUCGGUGAUUCAGGAGAGGGGCCAUGAAGGGAAUGCCUUUGGGGGAGGAGGCUUUAAUCUGAACUCAAACCUUGUUUCCAGAAAGAGAGUUUUUGAGAGAAAAAGGCGCUAUCAUUUUGACACAGACGGGAAGGGCUCCGUGCACGGUCGGAGAGGUGGUGCAAGGAAGCGGCCCUUUGAGCGCAGCGAGGUGAGGAAGGCCGCGAGUGGGAGCAGCCUUAGUGCGCCGCCCGUCCCCCAGUCGCAGCCCUUCGACUUUGGGGCGACGCCCUAUGUGUGUGAUGAGUGCGGGAGGUCCUUCAGUGUGAUUUCGGGGUUUGUGGAGCAUCAGAUCACGCACACCAGGGAGAAUCUGUACGAGUACGGCGAGUCCUUUCUUCAUAGCGUGGCCGUCAGUGAGGUUCAGAAAAGGCAGGCCGGAGGGAAACGCUUUGAAUGUAAGGAGUGUGGGGAACCCUUCAGUAAGAGCGCCGCGCUGGCCGAGCAUCGGAAAGUCCACGCUAGAGAUCGCCUUGCGAGGCGUAAGGACGAGGAGUGCGAGGAGCCCUUCAUGCCCAGCCCGACCUUCAGGGAGCUCCAGAAGAUAUACGGGAAAGAUAAAUUCUAUGAGUGCAGGGUGUGCAAGGAGACCUUCCUUCACAGUUCUGCCCUGAUGGAGCACCAGGAAACCCAUGGCCGAGGUGACAAGGAAAACGAGCGUGGGGAAGCCUUCAAACCCAGCCCAACGCUUAACGAGCUUCAGAAGAUGUAUGGGAAAGAGAAAAUGUACGAGUGCAAGGUGUGCGGGGAGACCUUCCAUCACAGCGCAUCCCUGAAAGAGCACCACAAGGUCCACACCCGAGGAAACCCAUUUGAAAACAAGGGCAAAGUGUGUGAGGAAACCUUCAUUCCUGGUCAGUCCCUUAAAAGACGCCAGAAAACCUACCCAGCAGAGAAGCCCUACGACUUCAAAGAUGGUGGGGAUGCCUUUAGGCAAAACUCAGACCUCAUCGAGCAUCAGAAAAUUCGUUCUCGGAAGAACCUCUUUGAAGGCCGGGGGUACGAGAAGUCUGUCAUUCACAGUGUGUCCUUCCCCGAAUCUCAGAAGAGUCACACUAUAACAAGACCACCGGAGGACGAGGAGGACGAGAAGGCAUUCACUGUCAGCUCCAAUCCUGAUGACAGCCGGGAAGCCCUGUCCUGCGAGAGGAACCCCUAUGAGAGGUCUUUCAUUCACAGCUCAGCCUUCCCUGGGGCUCAGAAAAGUCACAGCAAACCGAGAGUGAUAGCAGAGGCGACCGUACAGAGCUCGGGUGCCACCGAACAUCGGAAAGUCCACGCUGGGGAGAGUACCUCUGAAAGAAAGGGGUAUGAGAGGUCCGUCAUCCACAGCCUAGCCGCUUUCAGGCCUCCCCGUGGCCGCGGGGAAAGUGCGCUCCUUGGCUGUGACGAGCCGCGGGAGUCCUCCGCUUACCGCUCAGACCCUCGUGGCCCGCCGCGGAAGACCCCCGCCCGCGAGAGCCCCGACGCGGGGGGCAAGAGCACCGUCUUCAAGGGCUCUGUUGUCCACGGCGCGCCCCACACCGCGCCUCAGGACAGUCUCGCUGGGGAGGGCCCCAGUGGAUGGAAGAAGGGUGGCGACCCGUGUGUGCCCGCGUCAGGUGUGCGCGAGCACCAGAAGGCCCGUGCCAAGAAGAAGAACAUCGAGUGCGGGGUUCACGCGGCCUCUGUGAUCCGCUCCCUGCGCUGUGGGGGGCCUCAGACGUUUCGCCCGAGAGAGAAGUGUUAUGAAUGUCCGGAGUGUGGAGAGUGCUUUGUUCAUAGCUCCGACCUCACUGAGCAUCAGAAGAUUCAUGAUAGAAAGAAGCCCUCUGGAAGUGAACGCUACAUACGAUCUGUCAUUCGCAGCUUAGCCUCCACGGAUCCUCAGACCAGUUAUGCGGGCCAGUCAGCACAGAUGAGUCACGCUGAAGAGCCAGCUCAGACCAGUUACGCGGACCAGUCAGUGCAGACAGCUUAUGCAGGACCACCAGCUGAGACCAGUUACGCUGAAGCACCAGCUCAGACCAGUUACCCUGAAGCACCAGCUCAGACCAGUUACCCUGAAGCACCAGCUCAGACCAGUUACCCUGAAGCACCAGCUCAGACCAGUUGCCCUGAAGCACCAGCUCAGACCAGUUGCCCUGAAGCACCAGCUCAGACCAGUUAUCCUGAAGCACCAGCUCAGACCAGUUACCCUGAAGCACCAGCUCAGACCAGUUACGCUGAAGCACCAGCUCAGACCAGUUACCCUGAAGCACCAGCUCAGACCAGUUACCCUGAAGCACCAGCUCAGACCAGUUACGCUGAAGCACCAGCUCAGACCAGUUACGCUGAAGCACCAGCUCAGACCAGUUACCCUGAAGCACCAGCUCAGACCAGUUACCCUGAAGCACCAGCUCAGACCAGUUACGCUGAAGCACCAGCUCAGACCAGUUACGCUGAAGCACCAGCUCAGACCAGUUGCCCUGAACCACCAGCUCAGACCAGUUACGCUGAGCAGCCAAUCCGCAAUGAAUGUAAGGAGUGUGGGGAGUGUUUUGCCACCGUUGAAGGCCUUGGCAUACAUCAGAAAAUCUAUGCCCGAGAGAAAUUCCAUGGUGGGGAUCUGUUUGGAGACUCUGUGAUUCAGGGUGUGGGCCUUGAUGGACCUCGACAGGAAGAGCCUCGGCAGGAAGGGCCAGACGAGCCGGAUGAGGCUGAAGACACCAUCUAUGGGUGUAAGGACUGCGGGCUGGGCUUCGUGGAUCGCGCAGACCUCAAGGACCAUCAGAAGGUUCACGGCAGAGAGUACCUCAUCGACAGCCGCGAGUACGCGCAUGCUGUGAUGCACACCCAUUCUGUCAGUGAGUAUCAGAAAGAUUACAUUGGAGAGCAGCUGUAUGAGUGCCCGGCAUGUGGGGAAUCUUUUGUUCAUAGCUCAUUCCUCUUCGAGCAUCAGAAAGUCCAUGAGCAAGACCAGUUUUACGGCCACAGGAGGUAUGACGAGCCCUUCAUGCAGCCCUUGGUCAUUAGCCCACAGCGGCCUCGGGCCCCACAGAAGAGUCCUCCUGCUGGGACGGCCCUGCAGUGCCAAGUGUGCGGACGAGACUUCAUCCACGGCUCUGUCCUUAACGAACACAUGAGAGUCCACGCUGGAGACGACCUGCUGGAGCAGGGCCAGGGAAGCACAGAUGCGGUCAGCCCAGGCUCGGCCCCCACAGACCUUCAGAGAGACCAGGCCAAGGACAAGCACUACGAGUGUAAGACCUGUGGAGAAUCCUUCUUCAGCCAGGCAGACCUUCGGGAGCACGUGAGAAUUCACGAGAAGGAUGAGCCCUAUGACUAUGGGGCCACCUUCGUCCACACCUCCUUCCUCACCGAGCCCCCCAAGAGAGAUUCACCCUUCUAUGAGUGCAAGGACUGUGGGAAGUCCUUCAUCCACAACACAGUCCUCACGAAGCAUCAGAAGCUGCACCUCGAGGAAGAGGAAGCAGCAGCAGCCGCCCAGGAAGUUGAAGCCAACGUCCUCGUUCCACGGGAAGUUCUGCGGAUCCAGGGAUCAAACGUGGAGGCCGCCGAGCCAGAGGUGGAGGCUGCCGAGCCAGAGGUGGAGGCUGCCGAGCCCAACGUGGAGGCCGCCGAGCCCAACGGGGAGGCCGAGGGGCCGGAGGGGGAGGCAGCCGAGCCCAGCGGGGAAGCCGAGCAGCCCAGCGGGGAGGCCGAUGAACCGGAUGGGGCGGGGAUCGAAGACCCAGAGGAAAGAGCCGAAGAGCCAGAGGGAGACGCGGAUGAGCCGGACGGGGCAGGGGUCGAGGACCCAGAAGAGGAAGGUGACGACCAGGAGAUCCAAGUGGAAGAGCCCUACUACGACUGCAGGGAGUGUGGCGAGACCUUCACCUCCAACUCGGCCUAUGGUGAGCAUCUGAAAACCCACGCCAGGGUGAUAAUAUUCGAGGCUGGAAGCGUCUACGGGGAGAGCUCCCACUACACCGAGCACGCCAGCACCAGCAGCAGUGACAGCGGCAGGGCUGAUGACAAGUACUUCAAGUGUGACGUCUGUGGGCAGGUCUUCACCGACCGCCUGUCCCUGGCCAGGCACCAGAACACCCACACCGGCUGAGGACUCGGGUGUCAAGGUUGGAAAACCUUCACUAGGACUGGACCCUUACUAAACCACAGAGAAUUAGAACCAACCCACGAUGAUGUCGGAAGGAGGCUUCCCUUGGCGUGUACACACCUGACUUUGAACAUCAGACAACUCAGCCUGGAAAGAAACUGAAGGUGGAGACUCCUUCGGACGUAGCUCUUCCCCAUCAGACAUCGGCGUAUGCAUGUGGGAAAGCCAUAGCGCACAUCUUACCUUCCACCGGAGUAAUUGCAUUGACGGAAAACUGGAGGGGCUUUCAAGGCUACAGAGACCGCCCCCGUCUGUAAAUGACACUCCUGGAACGUAUAUAUAAUGAGUGUUUCCUGAGAUGUAUAUGAAACAGCGAAUCAUAGCGACAGUGCUCACGCUUGGACUUAAUACGGUUUCCAGUGACAGCACGCUUGCAGCACGACCUUCCUGACCUGCUACUCUUUGAUUUUUUUUUUUUUUUGGAGGAGGAAGAGAGCAACAAAUUAGAAUAUAUUUGUAAGCAUCUUAGAUCCUUAGAAAGAUUUAUUGUGCGUUAUUUGAAUCCCAUCCAUAAUUUUUUGAGUAAUUGACUGUGUUGUUCCUUACUCUUAAAUAUUCCUGUAAAGGUGUAGGCAUGAAAGAUAAAAUGUCUUUUCUGCUUUGCUGUUUGAAAGAGGAAGUACUUGGAGCUUCCUUUUCAGCCAUUUCGUCUACACUAACACUUUGGAACCUAAUGCUGUGUAAGCCUUUACGAUACGUGGAUUGGCCUUUUGUAACCCCAACUUGAUUGGUUGCCACCUUGUACUUUGCAGUGGUUCUCAUGCAAAAAAUAGUUACAAGUUUUGUUAUCUGUUCUUAAACCAACUUGAUGUCUGUUGGAUAGCGAAUUCACAAAAGCUGAGGCUUCUCCCUGUGCAUCUUGCGUCUUUGCCUUUCAAGAGUGGUUGCAGCCAUGCCUAGAUCGCGCGCGUGCCUGAUGAGGUUGAGAACCGCGGGGGCUCUCAUGUAAGUUAGGACAGGGCUGCCGCCUCAUCACUCCCUUUGCGCGCUCCCUGCCUUAAGCGACAAGUAGCAACGGGGCUUCGUCCGUGUGUGCCGCUACAACUCAGUUUUUGCACCCUGGGCGCCCAGGGGCGAGUAUCCUUAGAGCUUUCUAGCGUGAAACUUAAUUCUCGUCUUUACCUGUCUGACCCUCAACCCCAUGUCUAACUUGCAUUUUAAAAAAAAAGCUUUCUUUACAGUCAACUCAAGCUUAACAUGGACUCAGGUUCCCCAGCAGCCUUAAUUUGUUUCGUUGCCAUCUGUCCCUUCCUCUUAAAGAGUGGCCCCCUAAAUAAGCAGUUGUCACCUAUCCUUCAGAGUGUCAUGUCUGUCUAGUCGCCUCGGUUUCCCGUGUGAUCACAAGUCGACCUCACAGCUCGAGGUUUCCUGUGUCCUGUUCUGUGGACCACCUGUGCUCCCUUUGCUUCCCUGCCCCUCGCAUAAUGACUAUUAAGAAAUCUUUUUGGCUUUGAGUUGGCUGGAAAAAAAAAAAAAAUUUAAAAUUUAAAAAAAAUUUUUAAAAGAGGAUCUGGUAGAUUAAGGGAGCAGAAGAUAAGAGCUAGAUUAUUUGGGCGAGCAAAGUUAAAGUACCUGCUGGGGAAAUGUGUCUAAAUCACCCUCUCCUAGGUCCACACGGUUAGGGCUUGGGGAGAGCGUAUCGCAGCUGGAAGGAAUGCCAAAGUCGAAGGAGGUUGGUAGGGUGAGAGCAGGAAGCAGAAAGGAGUAAGCCAAAGAAGGGAGUCCUGAUACCGUCACCAGACCUAGGAGGGUGAGGAAGCAGACGGAAGCCACAUCAGGAGCAGGGAUGGGAAGGCCAGGAUGGGGAGAAUGAAUGAGCAGGAUAUCCUGGGCCUCUGAGAAGAAGGGGCCGUUUCGACGGCAUGGUGUAGGCGAGGGCCAGCUGCAUAAGAAGGCCCGAGGUUGGACACCUGGGAGAGCUGAGGGACAGUGGGGCACGGCCUCAGAGGAGGACCCCUGAGGUGGGGGCCGGUGUCAGCGUGGGUGGGGUGAACCCGCGUUCAUCACUGUUGGCAGUAUUAACUGGUACAACCCUUCAGAAAGCGACUUGCCAAAUGUCAGGGUGUCCGUUCCAGCCUUUGGUUAGUAAAACAUUAGGAACAACUUAAUGCCAAAAAUAGGAGGACAAUUAAGGGGAACUUGUCGGUGGACUCCUAAUGCAGCUGUUUAAAGACGAUAAUCAUGGAGAGUUAUGUAGCAACAUGGAAAUAUAUUUGCGGGAUACUAAGUGGAAAAAACAGGACACAGAAUUAUAUUUAUACUACAGUUAUAACUGUUUAAAAAUGUAUGCUUAUAGUCAAAAGCUGUCAUGGUGGUGGUGGUGUAGGCUUAUAGUCGAGCAUUAUUUUCUUAAAUUCCUUGAAUGUUCUUCAUCGUAGUGUUACUAAAAAGUUUAUAAUCACGUUUCCAUUGUGAACAUAAUUUGAACUCAUUAUCAGGCACUUGGAAAAUACAGGAAAGUGGAGGGAAAAAAAAAUCCAUAUACCCCCCCAUCCAAAGACAGAUACACUCCUCACUAUUGUUUAUCCUUGUUUCUGUGCACAGGUUUAUGAUUAUAACUGUGUCAAAACGUGUACUCAGAAUAACUGUUACCUUUGUGGAAUUAUGGUUAAACACUUUCAUCCUAAUGUUUUCAGAUGUUCCUUAUAGUAGUGUCCUGAUAACAAAGUUUAUUAUGUUUGUUUCCAUUACAAGCAUAAUACGUACCCAGAGGAAUAAUUGGGAAAUACAAAAUAAAUUAGAAAAGUCGCCCAUAUCCCCAUAUCUAUUUUCUCCAUCUCAUGUCAGUGCACAAGCUUGUGAUUAUGACAGUGUUGAGUAUGUGUGCAUAAAGUCUAAAAUGAAAAAAAUAUGGAAAAUAAUUAAGAGUGUUGUCGUCGUGGGAUUAUGGUUAAACAUUUUGUCUCAAAUUCCUUGAAUGAUCUUUGGUGUUUUGGUACUAAAUCUUACGUAUGUAUUUUUCCAUUACAUAUAUAGUACAUACUCAUGGCAGACUUCGGGGAGAUUCAGCAAAGCAAAAGAAAAGAAAUUCACCCAUAUUCCCGACACCCAACAACCAUUGCUGUUGACA